CCCUGCUACGUCACCGCUGUGUACCGGAAGUGUGAAUCUGCGCGUCAACAGUGCACUUACUAGCUGAGGUCCUCAUAUAAAACUACCGAACGUUUUGUAACGCGUAUAAUAUUUACACAGCAUUUUCUAACCCAGAUGGACGCUGGUGCCAGAGAUACCUUCACUGAGGGUGGAGCAAAUGAGAGAACAUUGCCACCAGGACUGACAGAGGAAGAAGCUGCAGAACUGGAACUGGAGCUCAGUAAGGUGGAGGAUGAAAUUCAGACACUGAGACAUGUCCUUUCAUCCAAAGAGAGGCAUGCUGGAGAACUGAGGAGAAGAUUGGGUAUAAGCCCUCUGAUUGAGAUAAAAAGCAACCUUACCAAAGGCUGGCACAAUGUCCAGUCUUCUAAUGCUUACAUGAAAAGCUCCCAGACUCUUGGGGAUUUGAAUCAAAGAAUUACAUCCUCUAACAUUUAUCUUACAGCAUCUGCUACUCUGGAAGACAUUAGUCGUUCUGAAGCAUAUAAGAAAACUCAGGAGACUCUGUCCCAGGCUGGAAUGAUUACAUCAUCUGCUUUCUCAUCACUGAGUUCAGCUCUAAGAAGCAAACUGGGAGAAAUGAGGAAUUCACCAACAUUUAAAAACCUGGAGGACAAAAUGGGAGCUGGAGGAAGCACAAAUGGUGGAGAGAUGUAACCACCACCUGACACUGGUUCUGAACAGGAAGCACAUACCCAUUACCAAAACUGACAUCUGUGACCUAAAAUACCAAUACCAUUAAAGCGCGAAGUUGAAAGUAAAGAGAUGUCAAAACCUUUGAAUCAAUAAUGCUGAACAGUACUAAAUUCUCAAAAUACUGUAUCUCUUCUGCUUGCUUUAAAAGGAGAAAUCCUGAACCUGGUGUGAUUUAAUUUUUGUUUUUUUUUUUGUUUUGUUUUUUUUUUUAAAACUGUGUGCGAGGAUGCAUGAUGCACACGACUUUUUACUUCUGUUUCGAUUGUUUGAAAAGGUUUUCUGAUUGGCGUUUGCUCUGAUAUUACUACUGAUGUACAUUUACAGCAUUUGGCAGACACCCUAAUUCAGAGUGAUCUACACUUUAUACAACUGAGGGUCUUACUCUGGGACCCAGCAGUGAUAGCUUGGGGGAUUUGAACUCACAACCUCCUGAUUAUUAACCUUAACUAAGCUAUCACAUCCCCACAUGAUAUAUACCAGUUGUGAUUCCAUGCAGCCUCAUAUACACUCCUGACACACUGUGGAUUAAAUGAAAUCGCUUCCUUGGCGGUAUGUCCCUUCCUGUUGCAUAUGAUUAAUGGGCAUGUAACAGACUGCUUUCUACAUCUCUUAUAACUCAGGGCAAAAGGUAGCUUGCGCUUUGACUAAUCUGAGGAAUGUAACUAAUGCAUCAUAAACUGGUUCAUGGAAUAUGAGGUUAAUGUUUGUGAUUUAAUUUAAAUAAUUGAUCUUUUUUGGGUUAAAUGAACUCUGUUACACUUAUAUAUAGUGGUAUUUGGUUUUAUGUUUGUCCUUAUUUGGUUGUUGUUUUUGUCCUGGUAUGACUAUGGUAAAAGGAAAUAUUUAGUUACAAUUAAAUAUUAAUAUAUGUGUGUUUCCCUGGCUGUUCUGAAGUUAAUAAUCGGAAUGUGCUUGAGGUUGAUAGUUACUUUGGUAAAGAAAGAGAAGCUAAAAUAUGAAACAAGCUGGGUGGUGUUCAUUUUGUCUGAAUAAUUUAUGCAAACGUUGACUUUACCCUGAGACUGUUACCUUUAUCCCCUGCACAAAUCUGAAUAGUGGUCUGACGGAUUGUAACAUGAUUUUAUGCUAUUUAACAUUGCAGAAAAUUGCUUAAAUAAACCUAAAGUUGGAGAACA